AUGGGUGGAAAAGCGGAAAAAGGUACACCGAAGUACAUAGCAAACAAGAUAAAAGCCAAAGGGCUCCAGAAACUGCGAUGGUACUGUCAAAUGUGCCAGAAACAAUGCCGUGAUGAAAAUGGGUUUAAAUGCCACACCAUGUCUGAAUCUCAUCAAAGGCAGCUCUUGUUGUUCGCUGAUAAUGCUUCUAAAUAUAUAGAUGAGUUUUCUAAGGAGUUUGCUGAUGGCUACUUGGAGUUAUUGCGCCGCCAAUUUGGUACGAAGCGAGUGAAUGCAAAUAAGGUCUAUCAGGAUUAUAUAUCUAAUCGGGAACAUCUUCACAUGAAUGCAACACAAUGGGAAACGCUCACAGAUUUUGUGAAAUGGCUCGGACGUGAGGGGAAAUGUGUUGUAGACGAAACGGAGAAGGGUUGGUUUGUUGCAUAUAUUGACCGAGAUCCUGCUACUAUUGCAGCUCAAGAGGCUAAAGCAAAAAAGGAUAAAAUGGAUAAAGAUGACCAGGAGCGAAUGUUAGAGUUCAUUCAAAAGCAAGUUGAAAGAGGGAAGAAAGAAACAGAAAAUGAGCCCAAAUAUACAGAGUUUAAACGGGAGAGUAGUCAGGAGAGACUGACUCUCAAUCUCAACUUGAAGAGAAAAACAGAUGAAAAGAAAAUAGAGUUACCAAAAUCGGCACUGUUGUUGACUAAGAAAGAAACAAGCAAGGAAUCGUCUAGUAAGAGACAAAAAUCUGACAGCAAAUCGAAUGCCUUAGAUGAAAUUAUGGAAAUGCAGGAAAAACAGAAGGAAAGGGCUAACAGAAAAGACUAUUGGCUGACAGAAGGUAUAAUUGUGAAAAUAGUCACAAAAUCACUCGGUGACAAGUUUUAUAAGAGGAAGGGAGUUAUUGAGAAAGUCAUAGACAAAUAUGGCGCUCAGAUAAGACUUAUCGAUGAGAACGUCAAGUUGAAAUUGGACCAGAACCACUUGGAAACGGUAAUACCCAGCGCCGGUCGUACUGUUCGCUUCGUUAACGGCGCGUACCGAGGUCUCCGUGGCACAUUGCAAGACAUAGACACGGACAACUUUUGCUGCCACGUUGAGGUCGCAGAGGGUCCACUCACCGGAAGAAUAGUGAAGAACGUGCAGUACGAAGAUAUUAGUAAAUUGGCUUCAUAG